AGGAGGAGGAGAAUGACAACAAGGAGGAUGGUGUCUGCCGGCCAGCCUCAUUGUUAUUCGGCUUGACCCUCGCUUGUCGACAUCGCCGCUGGCGCACCGCAGCACCAUUUACUUCUUUUUUUCUACCUUUUUCCCCGAGGGAGGCGAAAAUGAAUACGCGGUCUUGCGUGUGUGCCGUGUAACGAGAGACGUCGUGGUUACGCGCACCUGCCACAGCGCCGGAGCACAACUAAAGCGUUAUAAAAUGGCUGCGACCUCGAAGAAAUAGUAGCCGUCGUCAUAUUUUAGUCUCUCUCUCUUCUCUCGGUCUCUCUCUCUCUCUCUUUUUUUUUUUUAAUUUAAAUCGAUGCCACAUAGAGGAAGACGUUCGUUGCUUUAUUGGACGUUCGCGCUCGGCUCUGUUUAUUUUUAGCUAGGAGGUUGGCUCGUACACGUCGGGAACAGCCAUUCCUCUUGCUUUUUUUUUUUUUUUUUAACUCCCCCCACAUUUAACCAUUACUACUAAUAACACCCAAUUAGUGGUCCAUGAGUCAAGAUCAUGUGGGUCAGUCCCGAAGAGGUGUUACUGGCGGGCGCCCUGUGGAUCACCGAGCGGGCCAAUCCCUAUUUCAUCCUCCAGAAGCGGAAGGGCCACGGCGGGGCUGGCGGAGGACUGGCUGAUCUUCUGGUGGGGACCUUAGACGUGGUUUUGGAUUCAAGCGCCCGGAUGGCUCCCUACAGGAUUCUCUACCAAACCCCGGACUCUCUCUCCUACUGGAUCAUUGCUCACGGAACGUCGCGUAAAGAAAUCACAGAGCAUUGGGAGUGGCUGGAGCACAACAUGCUGCAGACUCUCUCCAUCUUUGAGAAUGAAAACGACAUCACCACCUUUGUCAAAGGGAAAGUCCAGGGCAUCAUCGCCGAGUACAACAAGAACCACGACGUGAAAGAGGAUGACGACACCGACAAGUUCAAGGAGGCCAGCUCCAAGUUCCGCAAGUUGUUCGGCAUGCCGGACGAGGAGAAAUUGGUCAACUACUACUCGUGCAGCUACUGGAAGGGCAAAGUGCCGCGUCAAGGCUGGCUCUACCUCAGCAUCAACCACCUGUGCUUCUAUUCCUACCUACUUGGGAAAGAAGUCAAACUGGUGGUGCGCUGGGCAGACAUCACACAGCUGGAGAAGAGCGCCACCCUGCUUCUACCUGACGGCAUAAAGGUGAGCACGCGCAGCCACGAGCACGUCUUCUCCGUCUUCCUGAACAUCAAUGAGACCUUCAAACUGGCCGAGCAACUGGCCAACAUCGCCAUGCGCCAACUGCUGGAUAACAAGGGCUUUGAGGAGGACCGCUCGCUGCCCAAGCUCAAGAAGAAGUCACCCAAGAAGGUGUCGGCCCUGAAGAGGGACUUGGACGCCAGAGCCAAGAGCGAACGUUACAGGGCGCUCUUCCGUCUGCCCAAAGAUGAAAAACUGGAUGGGCACACAGACUGCACUCUGUGGACCCCCUUUAGCAAAAUUCACGUCCUGGGACAGAUGUUUGUCUCCACCAACUACAUCUGCUUCACCAGCAAGGAGGAGAUGCAGUGCAGCCUCAUCAUUCCCCUCCGUGAGGUGACAAUUGUGGAAAAGGCCGACAGCUCCAACGUGCUCCCCAGUCCCGUCUCCAUCAGCACCAAGAACCGAAUGACUUUCCUGUUUGCCAACCUGAAGGACCGAGACUUCCUGGUCCAGAGGAUCUCCGACUUCCUGCAGCAGACGCCCUCCAAAAGCUGCCAAGAGCGGGAACUCACGGGGAGCCUCAACAGUUUUGACGACGAGGUUUACGGAUCGCUACUGUCUAGCAGCCCACAGCAGAGUAUCGGCUCAGAAGGCGAGCGCACCUUCAAUCUCAAUGACAGCAGUGUGCCCACUGCUUCGCAGGCCCUCAUGACCAUGUACCGACGCCGCUCGCCAGAAGAGUUCAAUCCCAAACUGGCAAAGGAAUUCCUGAAGGAACAGGCCUGGAAGAACCACUUCACCGAGUUCGGCCAGGGUGUGUGCAUGUACCGCACUGACAAGACCAAAGAACUGGUCCUCAAAGGCAUCCCUGAGAGCAUGAGAGGAGAUCUGUGGCUACUGUUCUCUGGGGCAAUCAACGAGAUGGCCACCCAUCCGGGCUAUUACGAAGACCUGGUAGAGCGCUCCAUGGGCAAAUACAACUUGGCCACAGAGGAAAUUGAGCGGGACCUCCACCGCUCCCUCCCCGAGCAUCCUGCCUUCCAGAAUGAAAUCGGGAUAGCUGCCCUCCGUCGGGUCCUCACCGCCUACGCCUUCAGAAACCCAAACAUUGGAUACUGUCAGGCUAUGAAUAUUGUGACAUCGGUGUUGCUCCUCUACGCUAAAGAAGAGGAGGCCUUCUGGCUACUGGUGGCACUGUGUGAAAGGAUGUUGCCGGACUACUAUAACACCAGGGUUGUAGGAGCUCUGGUGGAUCAAGGCGUGUUCGAGGAGCUGGCCCACGAGUACGUGCCUGAGCUGUACGACUGCAUGCAGGACCUUGGCGUCAUCUCCACUAUCUCGCUAUCGUGGUUCCUCACGCUGUUCCUGUCGGUCAUGCCGUUCGAGAGCGCCGUUGUGGUGGUGGACUGCUUCUUCUACGACGGCAUCAAGGUGAUCUUCCAGCUAGCGCUCGCCGUGCUGCACGCCAACAUCCACCAGCUGCUCAGCUGCAAGGACGACGGCGAGGCCAUGACGGUGCUGGGCAGAUACUUGGACAACGUGACCAAUAAGGACAGCACCUUGCCACCCAUCCAACAUCUGCAUUCCUUGUUGACGGACAACGGAGAACCACAUCCAGAGGUGGACAUCUUCAGACUGGUCCGCAGCUCUUACGAGAAAUUUGGUUCCAUCCGCGCUGACGUCAUCGAGCAGAUGCGUUUCAAGCAGAGGCUGAGGGUCAUCCAGACCAUCGAAGACACAACCAAACGCAACGUGGUCAGAACUAUUGUAACAGAAACGGCCUUCAGCAUCGACGAGCUGGAGGAACUCUUUGUCCUCUUUAAGGCGGAGCACCUGACCAGCUGCUACUGGGGAGGCAGCAGCAACCCGAUGGAGCGCCACGAUCCCAGCCUGCCUUACCUGGAGCAAUACCGCAUUGACGUGGAGCAGUUCAAGGACCUCUUCAAGCUCCUCUUCCCCUGGGCCAACGGCGCCCAUUCGGACCCUUUGGCCGUGCGCUUCUUUCACCUGCUGGACCACAACGGCGACGCCUUCAUCAACUUCCGCGAGUUCAUCAAUGGCCUCGGCGUUUUGUGUCAUGGGGACCUGUCUGAAAAGUUGAAGCUCCUUUACAAGAUGCACAUUUUACCUGAGGUGACCAACGAACACGAAGAGCCCGACUCUGCCUUCGAGGCCACGCAGUACUUCUUUGAAGACAUCACCCCGGAAACAUCCACAGGCCAGGAUCCGAAGAACCGAAGCGAGAAGGACGACGGCUUUGUCAGGGUUAUGUUUAAAACGGAAAAAGUGAAGAAGCUGAACGCCCACGAUUAUCGCCACUACUUAAAGCUGUGGAACCAGGACAGCAACUCCAAAACGGAGCGCACCAAAGAUCUCCCUAAGCUCAAUCAGACUCAGUUCAUCGAGCUGUGCAAGACGCUGUACAGCAUGUUCAGCGAGGACCCCGCCGAGCAGCAGCUCUACCACGCCACCGCCACCGUCGCCAGCCUGCUGCUGGAGAUGGGAGAGGUGGGCAAGCUAUUCUGCGCCGCUCGCCGGGACCAGCAACGCGGGGGGGAUCCCUCCUCUGAGGAGGAAGAGGAGGAGCGUUCGCCAGCCAUGCAGGACAUCAAGCUGGAGGACGCGUCCCCCAAAUCGGCCAUGCUCACCUCCGACGACGAGGCCAAGGACGACACGUCGGUGUCGUCGUACUCGGUGCUCAGCGCCGGCUCGCACGACCCGGACGACAACAACAGGCUGCGCUGCGAGGACCUCGCCGACGACACCGUGCUGGUGGGGAGCGACGGGGACGAGAAGAAGAAGAAGAAGACGACCGCCGACCCCGGCGUGGACAAAGACUGGGCCAUCACCUUCGAGCAGUUCCUGGCGUCCGUGCUCACCGAGCAGGCGCUGGUGCAGUACUUCGAGAAGCCCGCGGACGUGUCGGCCCGCAUCACCAACGCAAAGAACGUCCGCAAAGUCGGACGCAAAGCCCUUCUGUCCGCCAGUGACUACGAAAUAUCCCUCUCCGGUUGAGACGGAGACUUCUUACCGCUUCUUAUUCGUAUUUAUAUUUAUAUUUGUAUGCUGUCUCACGUGCGUUUUAGAUGAAUAUUGACAGUAAUCCCCCCACUAUUGGCGGUGGAUAGAACCUGCUGACCACGGCGAAAAUCUUUAAUGCCACCAGAUGGCGACAAAGCGUCUUCGCUCGAAAAAGAAGCUCCUCAAAUCACGUCACCAUAGUUGCUUGGCACCAACAUUCCGCAAGAUGGUGGCAAAGCCCGAUCUUGUUCAAAAUGAAGAUUCUCAACUCACUUCAACAUUAUUGCUCGGCACAAAGCGUUGGCCUCACAGCUCUGAGGACCCGGGUUCAAUCCCGGCCCCGCCUGUGUGGAGUUUGCAUGUUCUCCCCGUGCCUGCGCGGGUUUCCUCCAGGCACUCCAGUUUCCUCCCACAUCCCAAAAACAUGCAACAUUCAUUGGACCCUCUAAAUUGCCCCUAGGUGUGAUUGUGAGUGCGACUGUUUAUUUCGAUGUGCCCUGCGAUUGGCUAGCGACCAGUUGAGGGUGUACCCCGCCUCCUGCCCAUUGACAGCUGGGAUAGGCUCCAGCACUCCCCGCGACCCUCGCGAGGAUAGGCAGCAAAACAAAAUAGAUGGAUGGACAAAGGCUGCUCCAAGAUGGUAGCAAUGCAUGACUUGACUAAAUGAAGCUCCUCAACUCACUUCAGAAUUCUUGCUUGGCACCAAAAUGCCACGAGUCGGUGGCCAAGCACUAAUUUUGUCGAAGUGACCCUCCUCUCCACUCACUUGAACAGUUACUUGGUACCAAGAUGGCGUCAAAAGCCAGAAAUACGCACGGAGGUUCACCAUAAUCGAUACCCGAUCGAUAUCCCCCUGUACAAGGGGUUACCAGUAAUGAUAGUUUAACGUAGGGUUGUCAAACUCAUUUUCGUCACGGGUCACAUUGUUCUUGCGGUUUCCCUCAAAGGGCCCGUUAUAGCUGUGAAAGGAUACAAAAUUUUAUUCGCCUCAUCAUAUUUACACAUGAAAUUCAUGAACUCGUUUUGGAAUCAGAAAUCAAGGCUAAUGGGUUUUACCAACUAUUGUGGUUUGGUAACACAAAAUUGCUUGUAAUAGCUCAACGUUUUCAUUUAUGAUAUGACAAUCUGAAAUUUUGACACAGAUUUGAACAAAAAAAAAAAAAUCAUGGAAGUUGAUAAACGUGAUUUGCCUCCGCGGGCCACAUAAAAUCAUGCGGGGGGCCAGAUCUGACCCCCCCAUGGCCUCGAGUUUGACACCCGUGGUUUAACGGGUAAAAUAUAUGACAACCGACUCGAAGAAAAGUGAAUUUAUGAAGAGCGAUCUGCCAAUACGCAGCGGGGAUUACUGUCAUGCCCAAUAGUGCAAUGAAUGUGACCAAAAAAACUCACAAGUAGAGACAACUUACUGUAAUCACGUGUAGUUGCUGUACAGUAGAUAGUGCGAUCACUGUAAUCUGGGACAUAUUUUCCCAACUUUUACCGAGCAAAGACACAUUUCAUGUUAGAAAAAGCUCACUGCGCGCACACACACACAAAAUGUUGCAAGAUGUCUACUUUAUGUCUGUGUAGUUGAAGCCUUUGCUAUUAUUCAGUUGUAUGAACGGCAACAGGCGGGCAGACGCGGGUUCGUUGGACCUUGCGCCGAAGCAAAUUGGAAAAGCAAUUAAUAACUGCCCGUCACUAUAAUUCGCUUGCAUAGAUGAGAUGAACGAAGAUAUAUGUGGUGAAUCAUCAUUUUCGGAACAAUGUAGCGAAAUUGGAUGAUUUGGGGAUUACUGCCCGCGUUUGUCAAUUUCGCAUGCCCGUACGCUGCUCGUUAUUAGUCACUAUCAAAGAUGGAGAAAGACAAUGACAAUUUUUAAGUUCUGCACGAGUGCACGGGACCACCUCAGUUCGUUUAUUAUAUUUCCCACCCUCCCAUUAAAAAAAAAAAAAAUCUCAGAAAACCAAGCGGCGUAUGAACACAUCGGCUAGCUCGAGACAAACGACGACGGGACAAGCCGAAAGAAACGCACUAUCCAAGAGGAGACAGCGGGCAGCAAGAAAAUCAAGCAGCUGCAACAAAAGCGGAGACUCGGCUGAGUCGUCAGGAUCUCGUUCUCAAAAUGUUGCAGCAAAGUGGAGAUUGUGGAGUGUAUUAUGGUUCUCCGGAAAUUCAUUUGAUCGUAAAGGAGCCUGCAGGAAGUGACAAGUGGAGACUGCGGAGUAUAACACAGGGUCCCAUGUAUUCCUUUCCCAAAAUGUUACAGAUUUUAGUCAAAAGAAAAAGUGGAAACUGCACUAUAUUACAGGGUCUCAUAUUAACUUUUCAUAAUUUUAGGAAUUGUAUCCGAGAGAGACUGUGGGCAAAACUGGGAGCUACAGCAAAGUGGAGACUGUGAAGACGAAUACUGCAGGAUCCAAAACUAAGGCGAAUUAGUUAUUGGGCACAAAUGCGCCUGAAAGAAAAAGAAAUCAAAAGUGAGACUGCGGGCUGUGAGAAAACUGGAGCGCUGCAUUAAAGUGGAGACUAAGGCACAGCAGGAGCUAAUGUCAGCUGCUUCAUUUUCGACCAAUUGGAGAUGAGCAGCCUGUAAACAGGUACUAGAAACGAGCUGCUUUUGCCAGUUAGAGGAGAGUAAAGCUCAGCGGGUACCGCGCAAGUUGGCGAGUAGCGUACAGUUACGCCACCGUUACCUUCUCGAAUAAUGGGGGUGAAUAUUCACGUUAUUCCUCCAAACGAAUCCGAUGAAGAGUUUUGUACAGGAAGUGUUGAAAAGUGUACAGUUGAGUAGAAAGUGUUUAGUUAGUGGAGGAUGACAAUGACACUAAAGCGCUGUUGUAUGGACACACGGUCACUUUAUGCGGCAAAAAGCUACAAGCUAAUACAAGCCACUCGUCGUGUACUUUAGACUUUGUUCCCAAUGCCUUUUUUUUUUUUUUUUUUUACCUUUUUACAAUUUUUGUACAUAUUUUUUUUUUUUGCCUCACAUGUUCAAUGCACUAAAUAGCACUCCGUCAAAAAUAAAAUGAAAUUAAGACUUGA